UAGUCAGUAGCAGUAACGCACACUGCAGUAAGCCAGCCAGCCCACUGAGCCAGUCUCCACAAAGUCGACCCCUGUGCUGCGCGUGCUCGCGCCUCCUGCCGAACUCGUAACCCCCCAUUUCCUCCGAAGUAAUCGCGGUGAGAAACCGUCGAAACGGAAUAAAAGCGAAAAUUGCUCCACUCGCCCUCUUCUUCCUCCUCUUCUCCGCUUUCUUCUUCAUUUUUCUGCUGUCUCGUUCCCCAAAGACAAUGGAGAGCUUGAUCGGACUCGUGAAUAGGCUGCAGAACGCAUGCACUCUCCUCGGCGAUUAUGGCUCCGCCGGCGAUUCCGUCUUCUCUUCCGUCCCUACUCUCUGGGAGUCCCUCCCUUCCGUCGUCGUCGUCGGCGGUCAGAGUUCUGGGAAGUCUUCGGUGUUAGAGAGCAUCGUCGGCCGAGAUUUUCUUCCCAGAGGAUCAGGGAUUGUGACAAGGAGGCCGUUGGUGCUGCAAUUGCACAAGACAGAACCAAGGGUUGAGGACUAUGCAGAGUUCCUUCAUUUGCCAAAGCAGAGAUUCACGGAUUUCUAUCCUUUUAUCUAUUGCAUUACCGUAGUAAUAUUGAACAGCCUCCUUUCUUGCUCAUCAGCUAUGGUUAGGAAGGAGAUUCAAGAUGAAACUGAUAAAAUGACAGGAACCAACAGACGCAUUUCACCUGUUCCUAUUCAUCUAACCAUCUAUUCCCCAAAUGUUGUAAAUCUGACCCUCAUAGAUCUGCCCGGUCUAACAAAGGUUGCUAUAGAGGGACAGCCAGAGGCCAUUGUUAGGGACAUCGAAAGUAUGGUUCGCUCAUACAUUCUAAAGCCAAAUUGCAUCAUUCUGGCAAUUACUCCUGCCAAUCAAGAUAUAGCUACAUCGGAUGCUAUAAAGCUCUCCAAAGAAGUUGAUCCAUUGGGGGAGAGGACAUUUGGGGUAUUGACAAAGCUUGAUUUGAUGGAUAAAGGAACAAAUGCUGUUGACAUCCUUGAAGGACGGGCUUACCAGCUUCGUCAUCCUUGGGUUGGAAUUGUGAAUCGCUCACAAGCUGAUAUCAAUAACAAAGUAGACAUGGUUGCUGCUCGACAAAGGGAACACGAGUUUUUUGCAACUAGUCUUGACUAUAGCCAUCUAGCUGGCCGAAUGGGCUCUGAAUAUCUUGCAAAGCUUCUGUCAAAGCAUUUGGAAGCUGAAAUCAAGGCCCGCAUACCAGCUAUCACAUCUCUAAUCAACCAUAGUAUCGAUGAACUCGAGAGAGAAAUGUCACACAUUGGGAAUCCUGUUGCGGUGGAUGCUGCUGCCCAAUUGUACACCAUUCUAGAGUUAUGUCGUGCCUUUGAGCGAGUUUUCAAGGAGCAUUUGGAUGGAGGGCGACCUGGUGGUGACCGAAUAUUCACAGUUUUUGACAGCCAGCUUCCUGCUGCUUUGAGGAAACUGCCAUUCGACCAGCACUUGUCUUUGCAGAAUGUAAAGAGAAUUGUGUCACAGGCGGAUGGGUACCAUCCUCAUUUGAUCGCUCCUGAGCAAGCCUAUCGCCGCCUGAUUGAUGGUGCACUUAGUUACAUCAAGGAACCAGCCGCAGCUUCUGUGGAUGCUAUUCACUCCAUUUUGAAGGAGCUUGUCCGGAGGUCCAUUAGAGAAACUGAGGAACUGAAGCGGUUCCCAGCACUCCAGAACGAAAUUGCAUCUGCAGCUUACGAUGCAUUGGAGAGGUUCCGUGGAGAUAGCAGGAAGACGACCCUAAGGUUGGUGGAGAUGGAGUCCUCAUACUUGACUGUGGACUUCUUCAGAAAGCUACCCAUGGAGCCAGAAAGGGGCAGUGCAGGAAGCCCCAUUUCCUCGACUACAGACCGUUACUCCGAAGGGCACUUCCGCAGAAUAGGAUCGAAUGUCUCGUCCUAUGUUGCCAUGGUGGCUGAGAACUUGAGGUACACCAUUCCUAAAGCCGUGGUCCAUUGUCAAGUGAGGGAAGCUGGCCGGUCGCUGCUCGAUCACUUCUACAUCCAAUUGGGCCGAAGAAAUAGCAAGCAGCUUGGAGCACUGUUGAAUGAAGACCCAUUAUUGAUGGAAAGAAGGCAGAGGUUCAGCAGGAGGCUGGAGCUAUACCAAUCAGCAAGGGAUGAGAUAGAUUGGGUUUUGCGGUCUGAAUGAAUUGACUUCAGAGGUAGCUUGGAGAUGGGAGAAAGAAAGAUCAUAAUGCAAAUCAGAUUAGCUACUUUGGGCCGAUUCUUUUCUCGUCUUAGCUUUGCACAUAUCCUCUUGCUCUGUUCCUCUCUGGUUCAUUCAUUUCUAGGGUAGAGUUCUUAAGGCAUUCUUUUAGGUUUAAUCCAUUGUUUCCAAGUAGAUAGAUAUGCAAAUCGCAGAGAGGUACCAAAAGAGAUUCACAAGCCAGAAAUUGAAUGGCAUUUUAUCAUUUGGCUAGAAGCCUAUCGGCAGUAGGUUUCCUUAGUGAACCAGUAUUUGAUAAAAUGCAUCAAAUUUUCAACCACGUAUUUUCCUCUUCAAGCAUAUGUCUAGUCUGACGUAAUGGUCGGAGGAAAAGAUUUCGUCAUUGUUCCUGAUGAUCAAGUCCACUGUUUCCAAACUAAUUUAUGUACCAGUGAUCAUUGGGGGUUGGCAACCGCGUGGUGGUUGUGUCCGUUCAGCCAUUAAUCUGUUUUGUUAUGGUUUCGUUC